AUGGGGACAUCGACGAGUGGGGGAUCUGUAACCCAUCCAACUGCACCACCCUUGCAGAUCAUGCAACCUCCUUAUCAGUUGCAGCCCCUCCCAUGGACGACUGGCCUCUGCAAUUGCUUCGAUGAUUGUUCCAACUGUUGUAUCACAUGCUGCUGCCCGUGCAUUACAUUCGGCCGCAUUGCUGAGAUUGUGGAUCGUGGAUCGACUUCUUGCGCUAUGAGUGGGGCGUUGUACUGCCUGAUACAGAUGGCGAUGGGGUGCGCCUGCAUCUUCUCUUGCUUCUAUCGCUCCAAACUGAGGGCGCAGUACUACCUGGACGAGUCUCCGUGCGCCGACUGCUUGGUCCACUGCUGCUGCGAGCCAUGCGCCCUCUGCCAGGAGUACAGAGAACUCAACAACCGCGGAUACGAUAUGACUCUUGGUUGGCAACGAAAUCUUGAGAAGCAAGGUCGCGGAAACACUACAACCAACCAUGGAAAGGGGAUGAGCCCAACGGAAGUUUUGUAA